GAAGGCUUACUUUACAUCGUUCAGAAACCGAAGGACUUCAAUACAAAGAGAUAUAAGAUAGGAAGAACAUAUAAUAUAACUCAAAGAUAUGACAGUACAGUCAAUAGAGUCAAGGUUGUGUUCGUUAAUGAUAUGAGAGCUGCAGAAACAGAACUACUUGAAAAGUUUGAGAAAAGGUAUGGUGCUCCCAUGAAAGGUAAAGAAACGUUUGAAGUAGAUGAGAUAGAUAAAGCUAUAAAAUUAUUUGACGAAGUUGCUGAAAAAUACAUGUAA